AGCAGUAAUGGGCAGAAAAGGACGUCGCAAAACCGAAUCUGCAGCGCCUAAAAUUAUAGAGCCUGAAUCUCAAAAUUUAACUAGCUACGAACUCAAAAGAAAAAUACAAACGGCGCAGCGAGCAAUUCAGAAAAAAGAUAUCAAAAAGAUGUUUGCGUCUCCAAUUACUGAUGCUAUUGCACCCGGAUAUUCUCAGAUUAUUGCAAAAUGCAUGGAUUUUUAUACCAUCAACAAAAAAGUUGCAGCAGAGUCCUAUUCAACAUUUCGCGAGUACAUGACAGAUGUUGCACUAGUAAUUCAAAAUUGCAUGUCCUAUAACAUGGGCGAAACUCCUUAUUUUAAAUAUGCUUCAAAGUUGGCUCCUGUGUUUGAAAAAAUUUUCACCCGAGAGUUGGGCAUAAAUUUUACAAUUAAACUGCCUCCUCCAAGAACAGAGCCUAUCUUAUUAAGAGAUAUAAUCCCUGGGUAUGAAUCAUCAGGCGAAGGAAGUGAAGAGGAACAAUUAUCGGAAAGCGAUACACAGGAAAAUGACGAGCCUGAAAAAACUUCAACUGAAAAUAACGUAGAGGAUGAUACAUUUAAAAACAUGACACCACCAACAGAGGACAGUUUAUAUGAAUCUGAAGGCGUCAAAGAUGCAAAAGAUGAACGGGCGUUUGAAGAACAUUUACUGAGGCAAGAGGAAAAUUUAAACGAUUCUACCCUGCAACAGGUAGAUCAAGUACAAAAUGCUGAAGUAAUUAGACAAGAUGCUGAUUUUGACGCUGUCGAUGAUAGCGGGCGUGACAGCAACAGAACUAAUGAAAUGCUCGAGGACAGCACAGUAGACAAGUCAAAUGACUCUGGCGUUGAGACCAAUGUUUCAGAAAUAUCAGGAGUCAUUGAGCCGUCCUUUGAAAUCAAAGUAGAGUCAGAAAACCGUUCCAAUAUUGCACUCCCGCUAGAGGUUGAUAUAGAGCAAAACUCUGAUAAAGUGUCUGUAUCCUCAGAUGUUAGUAAAAACAGUGGAUUUUCGUUUGCUUCUAGCUCACAUCAACUUCCUUCUACUCCGACAAAGCAACGCAAACUGCUCAAGAAACGAAAGCGUAACGACAUGUACGAGUUUGUGGACGAAGAAGUUGCCGAGAAACCUCUCAACGACAUUCCUGGAAAAUCAAAAUUGUCCAUUGAAGACAUUCUCAAUAUGUCGAGUGAACAAGGCGGAGAUGCGGAUGACUCUGUCUUAAUCGGUGGGAAGCCAAAUAUACAAGAUGCGUGCUCGCCCAUUGCUUUUUCAGACGAAGAAACGCAUUUGAUUGUCAAUGAAGAUGCGUCUUCCACCCAAUUGGAAAACAAAACGGCCAUCAAGUGUGAGAAUUCUGCAUCGGAUGAUUUAAUUGAACGAACUGACGAAGAAAAGCCAGAGACGUUUAAUAAUAACUUGACUGAUACAAACCAAUUACUUGCUGUUGUAGCUGAAAUUGGAAAAGAACAUGAAGAACCUUUAUCCGAGGUUGAAACAAAUCAGUCUUCAGAAAGCAAAACUUCACAGGGUCCGGAGACAAGUCAAGUCACUGAAUCAAUUAAAGAUGUAAGCGUCACUUCGAAAUAUAGUAAAGAAGAGAAUACUUUUACUUUACCAGAUUCAAUUGAACCUGGAGAAACAGGCGAACAUUACUUACAGGUUCAAGAGCCAGUACCCCAAAUUCAUGUUCACAAUGAAUGUAACACUACCGAAACCGUUCCUUCUGAACACGGUUCACCACCGAGUCACGAGGCGGCAGUGGAAGCCAAAGUGCCAGUUAAGCGAAAAAGAGGCAGGCCGCCUAAGACAAAAGACCCUUCGUAUGAUUUGUCGCCCAAGAAAUCUGCAAAGAGGCCCAAGCCAAGUGGGAAAGAAACAAUGGCCGAUACUUCGGGAUUUCAUCUACCAGAUGCCAUGGAUCAAUGUCCACUUGCUAUGGGCCAUCCUUUGAGUGAGCUUCCUGGCUGCUACAAUGAAAUUAAGCAUGACGUGGGAAGACACCUUCAAUACGAGAAACCACAAGUUGUCUUAACUACAGAUUCAAAAUCGAUCAAUUGUAGUGCGCAUGUGCCACAAACAGAGAAUUUGUGCAAUUUUGGUGUACAAAGCUCGGCUGGUAGCAGCUCUUAUGUGCAAGCUAGUAUACCAGGAGUCGUGAGCGAGUCACAAAGUAGUGGUCCCCCAAAUAUAGUUAACGGAAAUUUGAUGGCCUACCCUCAGCAGCUACCAUCUAUUAGUCACUUAGUACCACCUCAGUUUUCUAACCAUGAUGAUACCAGAUCUCACAGUAGACAGAUCCGCAUCUCGCCAUCCAAUUCAUCUUCGCAGAUGUGUAAUAUUGAGAGCCAAAUAGCAGAUAUAUCCCCAAGUAUACUAACCUUUACUCCGUCAACUGCCGUGAACUUUGAAUCGUCUCCAUCAGCGACCAAAUACUUCGAUGACUUAUUCGUCACUCCUGUCAAAUCCACUGACAAUCUGCAAUUAUUAGCUUCAAAUUCACGAAUAUGUAGUUCCAACCCAGCCACAAACUUUGUGCCCCCUGCGUUUGCGGAACAUAAUUCUGAAGAUUCAAGUACUCAAUUUCGUUCGCCAAAGGAGUUGAUACCAGUCACAAAGAUCGCAUGUAAGCGAAGUGCGUCAUUGUUUCCUGAUGAAGCACUGAAUAAGAAAACGUCGAAAACAGAACUUCAUGGAGAUGCAGCUAACUUAGAAGACCAGCCCACUCCGGGGUCACAACAGGCGCCAUAUGUUCAAGUGCAAAUAAAGAAUCGCUCAUACAAAGUAUCUCGGGCUACACCGCUGGCGGGAAGUGUGGAGAACCCGCUGGGCUACUUGAAAAAUGGUGGACUCAGGGGACAGAUUAAUUUUCUACCCAGAACUCCUUGCGCUGAAAAACGAAUCAAUGUUCCUAAAGAUUUUCUCGCUUCUAAGACACAGUCAUCUCAACAAUAUCAGAGGUUGACAGAAACAUCAGGUCUUGGCAAAUACUCUUACCUCAAUUAUGGUCCAUACGGACAUACGGCACCUGACGGAGAAUCGUCGAAGAAAUCUGAAACAAAUCAGAUGCACUUAGAUUUGUUACAUUCCGUGUACUCAGGAACGGUAGGCUUACAAUUUGCUGAAAGUUUGAAAACGUUCACUAGUGGAAUGAACGGAUACAUGAAAGGUGUGGUAAACGAGUUCUUGGAUUCGUUUACUGACGGUAAGCAUUCACUUUACGAAAAUUGCCAGUUCUUGUCACUGCCUUAUGACGACGAAGAAAGAUUAACAAUAUCAGAAAAAGAACUGAAACUGCUUAAAAGUUUGAAAAAACAAGGAAUAGACUUACCGUUCUUGGACGAAACCCAUCGAGAAUCUGCACACAUAAUCUCCAAAUGCGUAGAUUCAGUGAUUAACCUGAAAGCCACUUCAGAAAAACCAACUACAAAGAUUGAUAACUGCAGGACCAGUGAAUUAUCUCUCUCAAAUAACCCACCUUGUGAGAAACAUCCGAGUCAUGCAGUCAAAACUGUAGAAGGUGAGACAAAGUCGUCAGAAUUGUUCGAUCACGAAGCACAAAGUUGCAAACCGGACACUGUUCCAUGUCAACCAGAAAUGGAUGCCGAACUAAGUAAACAACCAGAAAAUGAAGCGCACAAGUGCCAACAGAAUUCUGAUGUAGAAUAUGCAAAGAAGUUUGUUGGUAAAGCAAUAGUUGCCAGGUUGAAGAAAGAAGACGCUUCUUUUCAAAAUGAUCAGGAAUUGCAAAAUAUUAGUCUAGAAUGCGACAUCGAUUUUUCGAAUCUACUUACCUUUGAAUCGCCGCAAGGAAACGAUAAAAGUGAAUAUCAGGAGUCUUCAGAGAGCAAAACCACACAUUUUUCUCCGACACAUUCGACAGACAUGGUUUCUAGUCCAAGUUUUCGAUAG